AUGGAUACUAGCAGUAUGGUCAUUUCAAAGGAAUCUGUAAAGCUGUCUGAUGAGAUGUUGCAUCAUAAAUGUCCUGUCUGUCCUCAUUCCUCAACAUCUCAGGCUGGGUUAAUGUGUCAUUUAACUACAAAACAUAAUGAGCGUCUAGUUGCCGUAUGCAAGAUUUGUCAGCAGAUUUUCACAUCCGAUGCCAUAGGCCCUCAUGUGUUGGUGUGCAAGGGGAGCUAUUCUUGUCCUUAUUGUCGUGCAACAUUCGCACUACCUUCUUACUUACAGCGCCAUAUCUCUCGGCGUCAUAAAAUAUCUGAACGCCCAAACUGCGAAGUAUGUAGGAAGAACUUCUCGUCAACUAACGCUUUAGCUGUACACAAGCGACUGCACGAAGGUCGUUUUCCUUACACCUGUCGACUUUGUUCUGCUAAUUUUGCUCAGAAGAAUCAUCUGAAGCUACAUUUGGACUCUCAUCAUGCUUACGUUGAAUUGGAUGCAGCACCGAAACCUUUCGUGUGCAAAACAUGUGGCCGGGGAUUUUUGUUUACCGUUAGCAUACAGCAACAUCGACUGCAACAUUGCAAAACUUAUUCUCAGAAGUUAUUACCAUGCAAAGUUUGUACCAAAACCUUCACCCAUCGAAGUGAAUUGCAGCGUCAUAGUGCCAUUCAUUCUAAGUGUUCAUCGUACCAGUGCUCAUUUUGUCCUCGCAGUUUUACGCGUGCUAAUCUGCUCAGGAGCCAUAUCUUGUUGCAUACCGACCCAAGCCUUUUAACAUGUUGUUAUUGUUCUCGAACUUACGCUUCUCGCUCUUAUCUGCUACAACAUAUUGAGAGGCACGAACAAAAAAUGCAGGCACCUUCGAUUUGUAGUUUGAGCACAACUUCCAUAUCAGAGUUGGAAAUGGGUAGCCUUGACGACUGUGAAGCGAGUGUUCCGAAGGAGAUUAGUGAGGUGUGGGAAGAACUAGCGUUCACAGACUUCGGUAGCAAUGGAAUCGUGUCGCCAGAUGAGUUAAUCUCAUAUUUAUUGAGAACAGUUUACUGGUCUUCCUUAGUUCGGUAUUUCUGCGGAAUUUUAAAAACUUGGUUUGACUCAUCGAAAUAA